AUGAUUCAUUUCGUAAGAAGAAUAACAUUCCUUCCCAAAGCUCGUACUUUUGCGACUGCAGUCGAGGCUGGUGGUGUUUCUUCUUUCGUAGCAGAACGUCAGGCUACUAUGGAACAUGCUAACGCCACAGCCUCGCUUUGGAAGAAGAUAUCUAUCUACGUUUGUAUUCCUGCUCUUAUCCUCUCUUCUGCCAAUGCAUACCGACUUCUGAAGGAACACAGUGCGCACAAGACUCAUCCAGAGGAUAUUCCCAAUUAUAGUUAUCUGCGUAUUAGGAAUAAGCCUUUCUUUUGGGGGGAUGGUGAUCACACACUCUUCCAUAAUCCGGCGGUCAAUAAAUGA